AUGGAUGUGCGGCUGGAUGAUGGCCUGGUGGAGUUGCUGCAGGCCUUGGCCUCAGACUUGGCGGAGGAGUUCGCGGGGGAAGGCGCGGAAGAGACCCCUCCGGGCAACGCGAAGCCCGAGUUUGCCGCUCACGAGGAGUUCAAGUACAUCUCUCUUGGGGAGCUGUCCCUGCCGGCAGUGCCAAUUUGUGCGGACCUGCGCCUCUCAACGCUGGUCUUCGUGUCCUUCACCAACCUGGCGCUGACCUUCCCCGAGAUCCGGCUGGCCAACGUGACCACCACCAGCUUUCUGCUGGGCCAGGAGCUCAUUGCUCACUGCAUUGCCUUCCUGCUGCUGGCAGCUUAG